GGCUCUGAGGUUUGGAACUGGACCCUGGUAAGGACCAGCCCUGCCCCCCGUGGAGGAAAUGGCAGAACAGCCUGGGCCGCUGCAGCACAUGAAAACUUCCUUCCUCUCCAUCCAGCUGCAGGGCCCCCCUGCUCCAGCUCUCCCCGCCCAGGCUCCAGCCGCUGCAGCCCCAGGAGGUCUGGAGGAGGGACGCAUUUCUCCCAGUCCCAGGAUAGGCUUCUUGGCAGGCUGGGAGCUCAGGCGCACGCAGGGCUUGGCUGUCGCUCCGUGGAGCCUGCUGCACAAGGAAAGCCCCAGCCCAGAGGAACCAGCCGCUCUCAGCAGCUGUGUGGCCAGGGAGGAGAAGGAGACAGAAGCCAAGUUCCAGGGGCUGGAUGGGAGGAGGGCUGGUGUGCAUGCAUCCACAUGGGGCAGGCCCUGCCAGACCCCCGCCUUCAGGAAACUCAGCAGGUUCCAGCCUCUGCCAUACAGACCUCCUAGGCCAGCUCCCGUCAUGAGCCAUGGAAACAGCGAUUGCUCCAAGAGCGGGAGACACUACCCGGGCCUUUCUCUCCCUGAGCCGUGGGGCGUGGACUGUGGGUCCAGAGACAUUCCGAGAUGCUCUGCUCCACUAGCCACCGUGUCCCAUACUGUCGGGACAGACAAGAAAGUUACUCUGAUGAGAACUACUGCGACCUGUCGGCUACUCCCAGAGCCCUGUGACAUGGGCCUGGGACCCCCAGGACUGGCGACGAGAGCCCAGCUCUAUAGGUACUGCCCCACAGUGCUGACCAGCCAGUGCUGCCCAGCUCCACCUGCCGCACUGCCUCUCAAGGCAGAGACAUUUCUUUGGGUUAACAAUGCAUCAGCACAUUCCCAGAGUGUUGCCAAGGCCAAAUAUGAAUUUUUAUUUGGCCGAUCUGAAGAGAAAACUCCAGACACUAGUGAUCGUGGAGGAAGCACUUUACUCCCACCGAAUGUCACGAAUGAAUUUCCGGAAUAUGGGACCAUGGAGGAAGGCGGUGAGGGCCUGAAGGCCUCCCUGGAUGCAGAAUCUCUACCAUGCUGCCCCCGGGGCCAGCAGGGUGCCCAGCGACUUGCUGGCCCCUGUGCUGGGCCCGACAGUGUUACCGGACCAGAAGAUGUCAGAGUGAGCUCUUCUCCAAGUCCCCGCAAGGAACAAAGUUUACAGCCCGUUGACUCUUUGAUUUCUGCUCUGAAAGCCACAGAAGCCAGAAGAGUUUCAGAAACAUUACAGGCUACAAAGGUCCUGGACAGUGAUGCGGUUUCUAGUCCUCCAGUCCAGCAGGUGGAGAAGGAGCUGGACAGAGGCAGCCAUAGACCUCAGAGAGCCUGCAAGCCCUUCCCUGCAGGCCAGGAGAGCACGCCGCGUGCACCUCCUCCAGCCGAAGAACAUUUCUAUUUGAACAUCGAGGAAGACCUGGCUGCCCUGUUAACUGGAGAAACUCAGGCUGCGAUUUCCCUGACAAGCAACAGUAGGGGGAAGGGGGCUCUCUGUGCACAGGAGCCAGCUUGCUCUGCGCCCUGUCUGGGGGAGCCCACAGGGACCCACGGUUCUGGCCACAGUGGUGUUUUUUCAAAUGGACCGAAGUCUGAUCUCAGGAGAGAGCAUCCAGGGAGACGUGAUCAUGGGGGCUCUACAGGCCGCCCAGACCGGACCAAACAUGUGGAAUUUCAAGGCGUAGAGAUUGUGUGGACAGGGGAGGUGAGAGAGAGCAGGCGCCCUGCUGAUUCAGAGACAUCCGUGGAAAGGAGAGCAUGUCUUGAAGGCAGAGCGCUUGCCAAAGGGCCUAGCCGUCUCACCCCGUCUGCUGCUCUGCGCAGCUCCGCUGGCCUGAGUGAGCGUGAAUGGAACGGAUCCUGGCGAACUCCUGCGGAGAGACCUGGCACCCCGAGCUCGGGGACCUUCUCCCCUGUGCUCCUUGUGGAGAGUGAAGAGGAUGAAGUCUUCCUGAAGGAAAACAAACACCCUCUGGAGAAGGCACCUGAACCUGAGGACAAGGAAAGGAUCCUUGACCAAGAGGAGCACACAAUGGGAGGAGACGAUGAUAUUUUCGGGCCUGGCUAUACAGAGGACUCCACGGAUGUCUACAGCUCCCAGUUUGAAACCAUUCUGGACAACACUUCUUUAUACUACAGUGCAGAGUCCCUGGAGACCUUGUACUCAGAGCCCGAUAGCUACUUCAGCUUCGAAACGCCCCUCACGCCAAUGAUACAGCAGCGCAUCAAAGAGGGUGGCCAGUUUUUGGAAAGGACCUCUGCAGAAGGACACCAGGAUGUCCUGAGCGUCUCCGCAGAUGGCGGGAUCAUGAUGGGUCCUCCUGGCGGCAUCGCCAACGGACUGAGUGACAGCAGCGACUGUGGCUCUCUGGAUGGCACCCCAGCGGUGGCUUUCUGGCGAAGCAAUCCUGGGGUGAAAACAUGCCUAGAGACUCAUUCUAACAUGGGGAGCACUGAAAUCCUGGAAAAGGAGACCUCAGAAAGCGUCAGCAAUGGUACCAGCAGCAACCUGGAAGCGGCCAAAAGGUUGGCCAAGCGCCUCUACCAGCUGGACAGAUUCAAAAGAUCGGACGUCGCGAAGCACCUCGGGAAGAAUAAUGAAUUUAGCCAGCUCGUCGCUGAGGAAUAUCUGAAGUUUUUUGAUUUCACCGGAAUGACGCUGGACCAGUCCCUCAGGUGUUUCUUUAAGGCAUUUUCUCUUGCGGGAGAAACUCAAGAACGAGAGAGAGUUUUAGUACACUUCUCCAACAGAUAUUUUUAUUGUAAUCCGGAUGCCAUUGCUUCCCAAGAUGGAGUCCACUGUCUAACCUGUGCGAUGAUGCUGCUUAACACGGAUCUUCAUGGCCACAACAUUGGAAAGAAGAUGACCUGCCAAGAGUUCAUUGCCAAUCUCCAAGGGGUAAACGAGGGUGCUGACUUCUCCAAGGACCUGCUGAAAGCUCUGUACAAUUCAAUCAAGAAUGAGAAGCUUGAAUGGGCCGUAGAUGAUGAAGAGAAAAAAAAGUCUCCCUCAGAAGGCAGUGAUGAGAAGGCCAAUGGGACGCAUCCCAAAACCAUCAGCCGCAUUGGCAGCACCACCAACCCGUUUCUGGACAUUCCUCAUGACCCCAAUGCGUCUGUGUACAAGAGCGGGUUCUUGGCUCGGAAAAUCCACGCAGAUAUGGAUGGGAAGAAGACUCCAAGAGGAAAACGAGGAUGGAAAACCUUUUAUGCUGUACUGAAGGGGACAGUUCUUUACCUUCAAAAGGAUGAAUACAAGCCAGAGAAGGCCCUGUCUGAGGAGGACCUGAAAAACGCCGUCAGUGUGCACCAUGCACUGGCGUCCAAGGCCACAGACUACGAGAAGAAGCCCAACGUGUUUAAGCUUAAAACCGCCGACUGGAGGGUCUUGCUUUUUCAAACCCAGAGUCCGGAGGAAAUGCAGGGCUGGAUCAGCAAAAUUAAUUGUGUGGCAGCUGUAUUUUCUGCACCCCCAUUUCCAGCAGCCAUUGGCUCUCAGAAGAAGUUUAGCCGCCCGCUUCUGCCUGCCACUACCACAAAAUUGACUCAGGAGGAGCAGUUAAAAUCCCAUGAAAGCAAGCUGAAGCAGAUUACCACCGAGCUGGCCGAGCAUCGCUCCUUCCCCCCUGACAAGAAGGUCAAAGCCAAGGAAGUAGAUGAAUACAAACUGAAAGACCACUAUCUGGAGUUUGAGAAAACUCGGUAUGAAAUCUACGUGAGCAUCCUCAAGGAGGGAGGCAAGGAGCUGCUGUGCAAAAACGAAAGCGAGGCCGCGGCGCUGAAGAAGUCGCAUUCAAGUCCCUCGCUGAACCCGGAUUCCUCGCCAAUCACUGCCAAAGUCAAGCGCAACGUGUCCGAGAGGAAGGAUCACCGGCCCGAGACAACCACCAUUAAGCAGAAAGUCACUUAGAGUUCGUCUGCGGCCAGGAAGUGCUGGUCAUGGAGCAACAUAGGGUUUUUCAAGAUCUUUCGGGUAAUCCAUGAAUAUA